UUUGAAAUAUUAAGAUAAAUUCCUAUACAAGGGUAAUAUAUAUAAGACAAUAGGGGUUGAAAAUUUUUUGUACAUAUAUACGUUAUAUUAUUAGAAUUUUAUAGGUAAUAUGAAUUAAGGGAAAUAAACUAUUUAUAGUAAAGUUUUUGAAACAGAAUAUUUCAAUUAAAAAGUGAAUAAAUAAAAAGAAUUAAAAGAAGCGAUGAUCAAAAUUAAAGGAAGUAAUAAGAAGAGCAAGAAAAUACACCAGAAACACCGUGAAUGUGGUGUCAGUGGUCGUUUUGACUAGAGAACGACAGUAGCGCCGUAAGAUAGUCGUGUUUACAGAUUUACCAGUGAGUUCUACAACGUCACGUCAAAAAGUGCAACAAAUUUCUACCACCAUUUACUAUGUAAAGGUGCGUUUCUCAAUAGAAGUUUGAUGCAAUAAUUGGUGAUAAUAACAAGUUUCUGUGUAUCUUUACAUGAUUUUAACGAAUCGGCAUUUUCUUAAAAAGAAAAUUUGAAAGAUUUUCUUUAAUACGGCAAUGCUAAUCGUUAGGAUGGCCGCCAUUUUGUCCGGAGGUGGCCCGGUUGAGUGAACGGGGCGAAAAUAGUUGCUCCCUGGACACCGAGGAUUGUUGAAAUUGCAUAGGUACCGGUUACGUGGGAUCUUUUCACUUAUCUCUAAUUAUCGAAAGAAAUUUGACAUUCGUAGAAGAAGUGCGCGUUUAUGAAAAAUCGAGACUUCUUUUCGUCGCCGCUCGACGUUAGUCCUUUGUAAGCACGCUGUAUACAUAUUUCGCGUAAUUUCAAGCUAAUUUAGCGACGAUUGUUCGCGAAAUUCUUCGGUCGAUGAUGCUUUUUCAUCAACAGAAAGCAGACCGGAUUGGUCGUUUCCUGAUUCUAAUUUUUGACGGUUGACAGUUCGGUACGUUUGACGAUACACCCGAGAAAUAAAGAGGUAGCAAGAGAGAGAUCGAAAGAAGAGAGAAGGAGAUAGAGAAAUAAUUCGCGACAUGACAUCGUACCUUUCAUGAAUUGCGAAAUUCUAAAGGAAUAUAGACCCUUGGACGUGAUUAUUAGUUUCGUUAUUAGUUUCGUGCGAUCAAGUGGCUAUUAACGUUUAUGAAAGAAUCGUUCUCGUUGAUCAAGACGAAUAAUUAGAAUUUGUUCGCUGAAACCUUAACAAGAUCAUGCUGUCAUGCGAUUUAUAGAAUAUAAUGUAGGUAUAGUUUAUUCAAACAAGGCCUUUAGGGUAUAAUUAUAUUUAAUGUCAGUGAAUGAGUUGGAUGAUUGUUAUUGGUGGUGCGAUUAUUGGACCAAGAGGUAUUGAGACAAUUGGAAUAUAGCAAAGAGCACACAAAAUGACGAUUGCCACAAGAGGCCAAGGAGUAGGCAUAGACCCUCCUGACAGCCAGCAAAGUACACAGAUGCAUAGUCCACCGGGUCCGCAACAAUUAGCUGAUACAAUGUCAGGACUUCAACUCACGGAAAAUGUGGUACAAACAGAAUGCACCAAUGAUACCUUAACUUCAAUAGAGGAUAGUAAUCAACUUCAUGGCGAACCCGAUUUUCCUGUUGCAAAACUCAAUAUGCUUCAUGAAAAAAUAUCUAGUCCACGAUGGGUUGUACCAGUUCUACCAGAACAAGAAUUAGAGUGCCUGUUACAAGCCAGUAUCGAUCUUUGUAAAAAAGGAAUUGAUGUACAAAGUGAAGCAUGUCAGCGCUUUUUUCGAGAGGGACUCACUAUUUCUUUUACUAAAAUAUUGACUGAUGAUGCAGUAAGUAGUUGGAAAAUGAAUAUUCAAAAUUGUAUUAAUGCAAACUGCGAACGGUUGGUGGAUCUAUGUAUUCUGAAACUAGAUGAGGAUUGGUUUCCUCUUCUUGAUUUGUUGGCAAUGGUUUUUAAUCCUAGUAAUAAAUUUCAUACAUUUAAUGCAGCAAGAGUUUCAGAAACUGUGCCACCGGGUAGUGAUAUCCCUGAUGAACAGCUUUAUGCCCGACCACCUCCUGAUUCAAGAAGUCCUCGCGGAUGGCUAGUAGAUCUCAUAAAUAGAUUUGGCAGUCUUAAUGGAUUUGAAAUUUUACUCUCCAGAUUUCAAAACGGCCGAAAUUUAACAGUACCAGUUAUUUAUGCUUUAAUCAGACCUUUUGGUUUAUGUUAUGAACUACUUACUGUUCACACAAUAGUUAAAUAUCUUAUGCCUAUUGUGGAAAUGGUGCCUGUAAUUUUGAAUAAUUUAACCGAUGAAGAAUUGAAAAAAGAAGCAAAAAAUGAAUCAAAAAAUGAUGCAAUAUCAGCUAUAAUCAAAGCCGCCAAAUGUUUAGUAUCACGAGUACCACAUCAAGAGGAAAUGAUUAAAAAUUUAGGAAUUCUGAGAUUGAAAAUGAUAUUGAGACUCUUGCAAAUUUCUUCAUUUAAUGGAAAAAUGAAUGCUUUAAAUGAAGUAAAUAAAGUGAUUGCCACUGUUAGUUUUUACCAACAUCGAAAUGCAAUAGUUGAAGAAGAAGAAUGGCUUACUGCAGAAUGUAUGGCGAAAUGGAUAAAAGAAAAUGGAGUUUUAGAAAUUGUUUUAAGAGAUUCGUUACAUCAACCUCAAUAUGUUGAAAAAUUGGAAAAGAUUUUACGCUUUAUUAUAAAAGAACGAGCAUUAACUUUAGAAGAUUUAGAUGCUGUUUGGGCAGCCCAAGCUGGAAAACAUGAAGCAAUUGUGAAAAAUGUUCAUGACUUAUUAGCAAAACUUGCUUGGGAUUUUAGUCCUGAACAACUUGACCAUUUAUUUGAAUGUUUUCAGAUGAGUUGGAAGACUGCUAAUAAAAAACAAGGAGAAAAAUUAUUAGAAUUAAUUCGCAGAUUAGCAGAGGAUGAUAAGGAUGGAGUAAUGGCACAUAAAGUUUUAACUCUUUUUUGGAAUUUGGCUCAUUCUGAUGAAGUGCCUACAGAAAUAAUGGAUCAAGCAUUAAAUGCUCAUGUAAAGAUUCUUGAUUAUUCGUGUUCACAAGAAAGAGAUGCUCAAAAGACAAUUUGGCUAGACAAAUGUGUGGAAGAAUUAAAAAAUAGUGAUAAAUGGGCUUUGCCUGCAUUAAAACAAAUUCGGGAAAUAUGCUGCCUUUAUGAACCAAAUCCUAAUAUAGCAUGUCAUGGACAACGGAAUCAUCAUUAUAGACAAGAUGUUAUAGAACGACUUCAAGCAGAACAUUCUGCAGUAAUUCUUGUGACGAACAGUUUAACAAACUAUAUGGAUAAAAUGCGACAGUUGGUGAAAGAAAAUCCAGAUAUUGACGCAAAUAUUUAUAUGCAUGAUGGUCGUUAUAACCAUAUUAUGCAAGUCCAAGAAAGACUUAAUUUUCUUCGUUUUUUGUUAAAGGAUGGUCAACUAUGGUUAUGUGCAGAUCAAGCUGAACAGAUUUGGCAAUGUUUAGCAGAACAAGGUGUAUUUGUAUCCGAUCGUGAAGCAUGUUUCAAAUGGUUUUCAAAAUUAAUGGGAGAUGAACCAGAUCUUGACCCAGCAAUAAAUAAAGACUUCUUCCAAAAUAAUAUAUUACAAUUAGAUCCAAUUUUACUUACGGAAAGUGGUAUUAAAUGUUAUGAAAGAUUUUUCAAAGCUGUCAAUUCUAAGGAAGGAAAGUUAAAAUUGAAAAGAAGAACAUUUCUUAUGGAUGACGUUGACCUAAUUGGUACAGAUUAUUUAUGGCGUGUUGUGACCAAUAGUCCUGAAGAAAUUGCAAAUCGAGCUAUAGAAUUAUUAAAAGAAGUGAAUACUAAUUUAGGACCACGACUUCAGUCAUCAGUUCUGGCAUUUCAUGUGACAUAUAUAGGAGAAUGUAUGGACAGAUUGAAAGCACAUUAUGAUACUGUAUCCGUAUUAAGUAAAGUAUAUCUUGAAGGAAAAGAAGAACGUGAGCAGCAAAUGUCAAAUAAAAUUAAAAUAGAAGCUAUGAAGAUGUGUCGUGUUAUGAAAGUAUUACAAGAAUACAUAAAUGAAUGUGAUACAACAUUUCCAGGAGAACGGAAAAUAUUACCAUUGCAUAGAGCAGUUCGUGGGAAGCAUCUAUCUUUUAUCAUUCGUUUUGCGAAUCCUGGUCGUAAUGUGGAUGAUAUAGAAAUAUUUACACAUAGUAAUGACACUUUAGGAUCAUUAAGGCGACAAAUAUUACGCAGAAUUAAGGCCAAUGGAUCAAAUGUAAAACUUGAUUUAUUUCUUAAUGGAGAACCUUUGGAAUCAACAGAUGAUAGAAAACUACUUUCUCAAACUCCAUUAAGAGAUAAAAUGCUAUUGUCUGCGAAAUUAAGUCAAGUUAAUAGCAAUUUGCCAAGUUCACCAGAUAGUAGUUCAGAUAGUUCUACUAGUUCUCCACAUCAUCCAUAUGAUGGGCCAGAUAUAGAAGCAGAAAAUAGUUUACCUGGUGUGGUUAUAUCGCAAAGAUCGCAGUAUGCUACAUUCUUCUUUCAAUUGGCAGAUCUUGGAUGUAGUCUUCAACAUGCGCAAUUACGCGAUGGUGCAAGAAAUUUAUUACAAUUGGUGCCACCAGAUACUCUUACUGUAUCACGAUUACAAUCAUUAUUCGGUCACUGUAAAGAUGAUAACAAUUUAGAUAAUGCUCUUUGUAAUGAACAAAAUACUACAGUAGAUUCUUUAUUUUUUACUGCAAGUUCUAGCCAAGUUUUAUACAAUUUAGAGGUUUUAUAUAGUUUAUUAAUGCCAGUUUUAGAUCCAAUGUCAGAAAGAGCAUUUGAGUUUCAGUGUAAUUUCAUAAAGAGUGGCGAAGCUGGUGUUAUUCUUGAAAUGUUAACUAAAAAUAAAUUUUUACCAAAUGCAGAUGAAACUACGAAACGAGCAGCAUAUUUAACAGUCUUAAAAUUAUGUAAACUUCUAUUAACGACAGUGGGUAAUGUGAUGGCUUGUGUAAUGGAUGAAAUGCAGCAAGCUGGAAUUUCAGAAAAUCAUGAUAAUCAUGUUCACAAUAAUCGAGGUCCAGUAGCGGUUUUAAAACAAGCCUUACAAAGUGUACCUAAUCAGAAUACUGAAUAUAUGUUGAGAAGCGUAGCAACGAAUUUGGCGCAACAUUUAGCGCUUCGAAUGUUGUGUGGAGCAGCAGAAUUUGACAAAUGUCGACAACUUUUUAUGCAAGCUCUUUCUUGGGAGUUACCAGAUGUAGCUACUAUUCGUGCCAUAAUUAGGCUAGCAUGGGCGGCAUCCACAGGUAAUUUAAACAAUAUAAAUGCAUCUGCUGAAAUGCUUCAUACACUUCAUGAAAUAAAUGAAAAGGAAACAUCAAAUAAUCCUGACAAUAAUGAUGUGUUAGUAUGUAAAGAAGCAUUAGAAGUUCUGACAAUCGCUUUGGUAUUGAAUCCAACUGCAUUAGAAUCAUUAUCAAGAGAUAAAAUGUGGCAUACAUUUUUGAUAGAUCUUGUGCUCUUGAGUACAUCAAGAGUGGUUAGAAUGGCUGCAGCUGAACAGUUUUUUCUUAUAUCGACAUGGUAUAGUAGUGGUCAUCAACCAUUACUUUUUGCAAUAACAUUACUUUUCACUGUUUUGAACACUACUGUUAUGGAACAUGCAAAACAAAGUCACGAAUAUUUUCAGCUUUUAUGUAGAUUGUUAAAUUUUGCACAUAUGUCGGGAUGUCCUCUCUUGACAGCUGAAACAUUAUUGAACAUUGAAAUAGCAUGGUUAAAAAAAGUACGGGACAAUGUUAAAGAAACUGGAGAAAGUCAAAUUGAUGAAGCCGUUCUCGAAGGUCACCUUAGUCUUACUAAAGAAUUACUUUCUUUUUUACCUCCAAGUAAAAAAUACGAACUUGGUUCUGAUGAAAAACAUGGAGUAAAUUUGAUUAAAGAAUUGGUUGAAGAUUUUGUAUUUCCUGCGUCUCGUCUUAUGUUGCAACUUCGUAGCACUGGAGAAUUGAGUGCUUCGCAAGCGAGCCCAGUAUGCACCACUCCUCAAUCGACUAGCGCCGCAUUUGAUUUACUUGUAGGUCUUUGUGUAGGCUGUGUACCUAACAUGAAACUUCUAGUCACAAUGCUCACUGAUAUGUUCUACUCUGAAAGAGAUGAACCGCUAGUAGAAUGGGAUUAUUUACCACCCGUCGGGCUUAGGCCAUUGAAAGGUUUUGUAGGUUUGAAAAACGCUGGCGCAACUUGUUAUAUGAAUUCAGUAUUACAACAAUUGUAUAUGGUUGAGAGUAUAAGAGUUGGACUUUUGGCUGCAGAAGGUGCAGCGAUAGAUUUGAACGAAGAUUUUUCUGGAGAAGAAAGAAUUGAAGGAGAACAAACGAUAGAAACAAAUGAUAAUGAUACAAAUGAAGAAAAAUGUGGAGCAGAUGAAUCUCGAAAAGAAUAUAAUAUUGGUAUUUUAAAGCAAGUUCAAGCAAUUUUUGGUCAUUUAGCAUAUAGUAAAUUACAAUAUUAUAUACCUAGAGGACUUUGGAAACAUUUUAAAUUACAAGGUGAACCUGUAAAUCUUAGAGAACAACAAGAUGCAGUAGAAUUUUUUAUGAGCUUAGUGGAAAGUUUAGAUGAGGCAUUAAAAGCCUUAGGACAUGAACAAAUAAUGAGCAAGAUUCUGGGUGGUUCAUACAGUGAUCAGAAAAUCUGCAAAGGUUGCCCUCAUAGAUAUUCCAAGGAGGAACCAUUUAGUUUGAUAAGCGUGGAUAUAAGGAAUCAUAGUAAUUUAUUGGACUCUCUUGAACAAUAUGUAAAAGGAGAAUUAUUAGAGGGUGCAGACGCUUAUCAUUGCGACAAAUGUAAUAAAAAGGUCGUGACGGUAAAACGAUUGUGUGUAAAGAAGUUACCACCUGUUUUAGCCAUACAAUUAAAAAGAUUUGAAUAUGACUAUGAAAGAGUUUGCGCCAUAAAAUUUAACGAUUAUUUUGAAUUUCCACGAGACUUGGAUAUGGAACCUUAUACUGUUUCUGGACUCGCAAAAUUGGAGGGAGAAGUUAUAGACUGUGAUUAUGAAGAGUCAAUGAAAGGAACUUGUACUAAAUAUCAAUUAACUGGGAUUGUAGUACAUAGUGGUCAAGCUAGUGGUGGUCAUUAUUAUUCAUAUAUUUUACAUAGGCAAAAUGAUGGUAUUGCGAAAUGGUAUAAGUUUGAUGACGGUGACGUUACGGAAUGUAAAAUGGAAGAAGAAGAAGAAAUGAAAUCUCAAUGUUUUGGUGGUGAUUAUUUAGGAGAAGUAUUUGACCAUAUGCUUAAAAGAAUGAGUUACCGAAAACAAAAGCGAUGGUGGAAUGCUUAUAUGUUAUUUUAUACCAGAUUAGAUGUAGAAGAAAAUUCUUUAAUGAAAAGUGUUAACGAAUUAUCAUUGUAUACGAAACUAGGAGUUAUGAAAAUGCCCUCAGCUAUUGAAUAUAGUGUCAGAAAACAAAAUAUCAAAUUUAUGCAUAAUCGAAAUCAAUUUAGUGCAGAAUAUUUUCAAUUUAUUAAAAAACUUGUAUCUUGUAAUCCUCAUAACAUUAAUAGACAAAAUAUGAAUGAAAAACUUAGCCCGGAACAGGAGGAACUCGCAAUGUUAUCUGUACAAUUAGCAUCAAGAUUUUUGUUUUAUACAGGUUUUCAUACUAAGAAAACUUUACGCGGUAAUGCAACAGAUUGGUAUGAUAUCGUUUGCCACCAUUUACGUAGCAGCAAGUCAGUGCGAUCUUGGUUUGCUCAUAAUGUUCUAUUUAAUCAUCCUCAUAGAUUUUGUGAAUAUCUUUUGAGUUGUCCCAGUACAGAAGUUCGAACAGCUUUUCUUAAAAUAUUGGUAUUUCUUGCACAUAUUUCUCUCUUAGAUGGACCGUGCGUGCCGCCUAGUCUAAAUGCACCAACUAUACUUUUGGAUCCAACAGCAACGCUUAGUGAUCAUUUAUUACAUGCAGUUCUUUCUUUACUUCAUCGUGAAAUCUCGGAUCAUGGACGCCAUUUACCACAUUAUUUCUCACUAUUUCAUACGUAUGCAUCGCUUGGUCUUGCUGAAAAAGCUCAAUUGCUUAAGUUAAAUGUCCCUGUUACAUUUAUGCUGGUUGCGAUUGAUGAAGGACCCGGUCCUACGAUAAAAUAUCAAUAUCCUGAAUUAACAAAAUUGCAUCAAGUAGUUAGUAUGUUGAUACGUUGUUGUGAUGUAUCAUCAAAAGCACAUUCAAGUCUUGCACAAUCAGGAGUAGUACCUUUAUCAAAUCCAUAUGGUGAUCCAGCAUGUCAAAAUGAAUAUUUGAUGCCUAUUCAACCACAAGCAGCAGAUAUACUCUUCGUUAAAAACAGUUAUAUGAAAAAAUUAAUCGAAGAUGCAGAUGUUAAUGUUACUGAAGAUACAGUAAAAUUAUUGCAAUAUUGUUGUUGGGAGAAUCCUCACGUAUCUCGAACCGUUCUCAGUGAAUUAUUAUGGCAGAUUGGAUUUUCUUUUGCACACGAAAUAAAACAUCACACUGAUUUAUUACUUGCUGUACUUCUUAUGGAAGAUUCAUGGCAAACACAUCGUGUUCAUAAUGCUCUAAAAGGUGUACCAGAUGAAAGAGAAGGUUUAUUCGAGAUAAUACAAAGAAGUAAACAUCAUUAUCAGAAAAGAGGAUAUCAGUGUAUUAAAUGUAUGGUGCAGCUUUUUAGCAAAUGCAGACCUGCACAUCAACUUUUACAUCAUAGUUCGGAAUUAAAAAGAAAAUGGAUACAUGCUACUGACUGGCUUCAUGAAGAACUCGAUAAAAGACCUUAUACUUCUGCAGCACCAUAUACUCAUGCAUAUAGUAAUUGGUCUCCACCAGCUCAAUCUAAUGAUUCUGCGAAUGGUUAUGUUUUGGAACGUAGUAAUAGUGCAAAGAAAACAUUAGAAAGGGCAUGCGAACUUUGUCCCGAUGAAGAACAGGAAGUGGAAGACACAAGCGAGGAUUGUACGGAAGAAACAGAAAAAUAUCAACCACAAAACAGAGAUAUAUUGCGAUCGAGACGUAGUUUAGUCUGGGGAUGUAUAGGUUAUCCUGAUGUUACUGUAAUACAACAAAUGCAAGAAGAACAACAAUCUCAACCUAGACCAUCUCCAGUUCAUACUCCUCUUUGGUCCCAAUCUCCAGUUAUACUCACACCACCAGCUCAUCAGUUACAUAGUCCACAGAACUGUGAGUCAUCACAAAAUACCAGCCAGGAUCCAUAAUGAACGCUACAUAUUGACGUUCUACCAAGUUGCUGCCUCGGUGAAACCAUUUCAAGAUAUUUAGAAAUUACUGCGCCAGCAGCUUGGUGCCGAACGAUAGAGGCACCUGUACAAAUAUAACUCGCAGAUUUGUUCUCUUUUGCUGGUAUUCAAGAACUUGCAUUUGUAACUUGACAGUUUUACUGUGGGCAGUUACUUUGAAUGAUAUGAUGUGGAAUAGCUAUCUGCACUAUUGAGAAAAAAAAAAGAACGAUAUUAGAAACAGCGAUUAUUAAAUAAGAACAGAAUUUUUACGUAUUGAUUGAGGCAACAAACUCUCAUCGUGAUUUUUUUCUUAUCCCUAAUGUUCAUGUAUUCUUUGUUUAUUGCACUUAUAUUAUUUGAACUUUAGAAUAUCGGGAAAAAAAGAACAUUUUCUUGGAAAGAAAUCUUCGGAAAAGAGAUUGACAAGGAAAAAAAAAAAAGAAAAAAAAACGAUUGAGUUAAAAAUUAUAUUUGCCUCGAUUAAUGCAUUUGAAUUCAAGUGUAGGAAUACGAUAAGAUUGUAUAAAUGUAUAGCGAAUAGUGUUAUGGAAUCCCGUCUCUGCCGGAAUAGAAAACAAAGCUAUAAAAAAAAAGAACAUAACUUCCGUAUGUCUAUGUAAAUUUGUUACAAAUAAAAAGUUAAAAAAUGAAACUUUCUAACGACCGAAGAAUAAGGCUAAAAAAUACAGUAGUUUCCGACUUAAUUGAAAAGAGCAGAGUUACAAAUCAAGAAAAAAUUACACAUUUACCAAUAUUUCACUAUUUUAGUCUUUCAAAUGAAAUGAAAAUUUCCUUGUACUUAAUCUCGAAUAUCAAAGACAAAAAAAGGAGAUAAAAAAGAAAAAAAAAGAAAAAUAAAGAAAGGAAAGUCACUUCUUCGAUACAGCUAUUUUAGCUGUAUAAGAAUUUAAAACAUACACCAAUGAUGCCUCCCAUUGUGCUUUCUUUCAGUUCAUCUAAUUUGAGAAAAGAGUUGUGCCUUCGAUAUCGUGCGACUCCAUUUGUAUUUAGAUAGUUGUUUAAGAAUCGAAUUGUUAUUUCAAAUUUGAUUAUAUGUAUUUUGUCUGUUAUGUUUUUGGGCUAUUUAUAAGAAAUGAUGAGAAAAAAUUUGAUCAAGUGAAAUUCAAGUAGAUGGUGCAGUUGAUUGUUUAAAAAUUAUACAAGUAAGAAAUGACAAAUGUGACGGAAUAUUUCUAAUUUAAAUAAUAAUGAAUACACAUAUAAAAAUGCGGCAGAAUAAAAGAUCAGUUUGUGUUUAACAUAAGGAGUCGCAGUGCCGCAAAAAAGAAAAAUAAGCCUUGUUCGAAAUCCAAAAAUUUCUAUAAAACGAAAAAACGAGUGAAAAACGGAAUUGAAGAAAGCGUGACGGUAGCGACACAAAAGGGUAUGAAAUAAAUAUAAAAAGAAUAACACUAAUUUGUAUCGUUCUAAGGUACGAUCCAUCGUUAAAAAAAAGAGCUAUGGUCUUUUCGCAGUAUUGUAAAAGCAAUUCUUAGUUUUCAAUUAAUAAAAGAAGAUGAUAGAUUAGAUGGUACUGCUUAUAUACUGUUCGGUACUUUAUCAGGCAUUUGUAUAAAAACAAUGAAAUAAUAAAACAUGAGAAUAACAAUAACUGCGAUUCUUUAACAUAUGAAUUGGCCAUAGCUCUAGACUUAUUAAAUAAUAUGUGUUAUAUAGAUAUUAUAUAAAUAUUACUAAAGAGGAAGAAAGAGAAAAAUAAAGUCACGUGUAAUGAGGAUAUAAAGAAACCGUGUGUAUACAUAGGAAUUCGUGCGAUGAGAAAAAUCAACGAUUAUGUCAAGACACCAGGAAAUAAUGAUAUAUUGAUUACUGUUCGUAUUUAUCAAAUAUUCACGUUAAACAGUGUACCAAAUUAUAUAAUAGCUACUAUCGGUUAAAAUAAUAAUGGUACCUAAUCUUACUCAGAUAUGUACAUAUGCAACUGCUUUUUAUAUGUGAUAAAAAUUAUUAUAUUCCUAUUAUACAUUGAGGUUAGUACGCUAUUGUAAAUCCUGGUUUUUUGUACACAGACUGUAUGCUAAGUUCAAUUUUUUGUUAACGGAGAGAAUGUAGUUUAUAAUUAUUUAAUAUUUAAUUGUAUCGCUAAAAGAAUAAGCGUAACACGUCUUGUAUGAUAUACAUAACUUGAUUACUUUCAAACAAUCAAUAUCAGAUUUAAGUGGUCGAACUUCGAAGUUUGUGUCAUGAUAUAUUAGUACUAUAGUGUCAUUUCUUUUUCUUUCUUUCUUUCAUAUUUUGUUCUCUUUCUUUUUUUUUUCUUUCGAACGAGCAAUGAUAGAGAUAGAAAAGUGGAUAUGAGAUAUAACACAACCGGGCAAAUGAUUCUAAUUCACGGUUUAACGAAUCACGAAUUUUGUGCAAAAUAUAUCUACGAGAGUCGAUCAAGAUUGACCAUCUUUAAUACGGUAAUUGCGAACAAUCACGCUCGUUUUUUAUAGUCAACGAAAGAUAGUCGGAUGCAAAAUUACAUUUUUGCAUGAAACUUAAUUAUACAGAGAACAACAACGAUGAAAAAUGAUGUAAAAAAAAAAAAGAAAAAAAAAGAAAAAAAAAAGAAAAAUAAGAAUGCAAAACAGAAAAGGAAAUAAUAUUUCAAAUCUCGAUAACUGAUACGACGUUAAUCAAAAUCAAAGGCAAAUGCACAUGAAACAAUGAAAAAAGAUAAAAAAGAAAAAAAAACUAAAGUUGUACAGUUAUAUACUUAAGCAAAACGACACGUAAAAAAAUAAAAAAAAAAUAAAAAAAAUAAAAAAAAACGAAAACGAAAAAAAAAUAAUUAUAAUAAUUCGACUGUACGCGAAGUUAAUUUUCGUAAAACUUAAGGUAAAAAAGACAAAAAAUAAUAAUAAUAAUAAUAAGGAAGGAGAAAAGAGUCCCUCGUUGAUGUCCGUUUAGUUUUAGUUGUAAAGGUAAUUUUAUGUAUUAACUCGAUCGACGCUCUAGUCAGUAAAAUUAAAUAAACGGAAAGAGAUUAACGAACCUCGUUCAUUUAGUAGCAUAGCGUAUCUCUCGAAGUUUCAUUUUUUUUUUUUUCAAUAUAAUUGUUCAAACAAUCUUUCAACUUUUUUUUUAUGUUUUAAAUAUAACAAUAUAAAAUUAGAUUUUCAAACACGUAUAUACAUCUCCGUUUUAGCAUGUCUUUUUCAUGAUACCAGAAACAACUUCACCGUUUACAUGGUGCUUGUAUUUUUCAUUUGCCUUUGAAAACCUCCACUGAGACUAUUUCGAGUAUGAAAAAAAGAAAAGUAAGACAAAACAAAUAAAUGAAAUCGAAUAAAAAAAAGGAAAUAAAAAAAAAAGAAAAAAAGAAGAGAAAAAAAUACGAAAUGAUUUAACAAUGAAACUACCUCGUUAAGCGGUCAAUGUAUUUACAAUUUACACGCGUAUUUGAUUUCAUUGCCAAACCCUUUGCGUUCCAUUUAUAAAAUACAUCUUUUUUUUGUUUCAAGCAUUUCUUUUAUUCGACGAAAAAUUACAUUUUUUUGUUAACCCUUUUGAUGCUGAUUUUUAUGAUAUAUUGCAUGAUUGUAGGUUUUUUACUUCAAAUCACGGAUGAAUUUCAUAUUUCUCGAGAAAGCAUACAAAAAAAAUUAUGAUAUGGCAUUGUGAGGGUUAAUUUAUUCCAAACUGCCUUUUUACACGCGAAUAAUAUUGGAUUGCAAAGGGUUAACGCGAACAAGAACCCGUUUUUCGUCUUUAAGCGUCAAUCGCGUUAUUCAACGUAACAAAAAUUUAUAAGUUAAUAUUUUUCUCUUUUGUCACUGAAUUCUAUCUUGAAUCGGAAUGUUCAUUGAUAUUUUAAGAAGAUUCGACAUAUAGGACGAUCCACUUUUAUUUAUAAACUAACUUGCUAUUUAAAAAAAGCAAAAUAUAUUAUAUCUCUUUUUUCUUUUCUAAUUUUGAUUUUUAUAAGUAAGAAAUGAAGUGCCAUGUAAAGAGCAAAACAAGUAACUAUUGGAUAUCAGAUAUCCAGUGAUAUCUUUGAUAUUUUAACGCAAUCUAUACACUUUAUUUACUAAUAUUAUAUUCAUAAUAAUUUUUUUCAAUUAUGUACAUAUAUAUAUAUAUAUAAAUUAAGAUGGAUCGUCCUCUGUCUAUUUUACAGAUUAUAAAGCGAAUAAAGAUAUCUAAAUUAUUACCCUGUUACGGUUCUCAGUUUUACGUGUCUAAAGAAAUGACUUAAAUAAAUGAAGAGAUUGCAAAAAGGAAAUUUGCGAAACUAUUUUUACUUUGUGAGAGAUUCUUUUAUUUUCUUUAUUGUUCGAAAUAUGAAGAAAUAUGAAGAAGAAAAUAUAAUGUGAGGAGAAGAAAAUAGAGAUCGUAGCAGGGCCAAUGAAAGUACGAAGAGAGAGAGAGAGAGAAAAAAAGCAGAAGCGCUCGUCGGAACGAACCGGCUUCUUUCGCGUGACUUCUUGCUUAACUUGUGCGCGAAUAAAAUCGUUCGACAUUGGCAUCCAAAUGACGAAACGGCCGAGAAUCGUAUGGAAAUUUAGUCGGUAGAUAAGGAAAAAUAUUAUAUAAAAGCUCGAAAUCGUGGUUCGAUUCGACGUUGGACAUUGGAAAAUAUUUUUUCCUCCCCCUUCGUUACUCGCAUGAUAAAUGUCUGCCUAUGAUUGAAGAUAAUAAAACGUAAAAAAACGGUGCGUGAAAUUUCGGUAGACGUGUCUGACAAUGAGAGCGUUGAUAAUCGAGCCAGUUGGUUUCAAGCUGAUUUCGUUCGAAACCAAAUAUGAAAGUGUGUAUAUAUUGCUUUGUCCGUCAAAUACACGCUUUUGUUUAAUUUUUUUCUUUCUUUUUUUUUUUUUUUUUUUUCUAUAAAUUUUUGUUAAAUUUGACAAAAUGGCGUUAUCGAAUUACGCCGACGUAAAAACAUAAAAAUAUCGUUUACUUCUUUUUUUUUUAUUCACAAUAAUUUUCGCAAUGAGAUUCGUGCAAUUGUUUACGAAAUUAUUGCGAUAUUUAAUAUGAUAAUUAUAUUUAAAUAUUUAACGCAUUAACCAUAAAAAUCGAUUCGAAUUAAGUAAAAGAUUGUAAGAUCUUGAUCUUGAAAAUCGAGGAUCGUUUGGUUCGGCUAACAGCGCCGUAGAAUAAUUGUAAUCCUUAGGAUUACGAAAAUUACUAAGUAUUACACGAUACUAUAGAUAUAUCGAGUAGAAUAUUUAAUUUUCGCUGUCCUAUAUUAGGACUAAGCUAUUGAAUCUUUCGAUCGAACCCCAUACCCAUCGCAAUUACGAUUAUACACAAUGAAUAGGGGGGAAAAAAAGGGAAGAAGGAAAGGAAAAGAUCUCGUUAGAAUGAUCGACGUUAAAAUUUUGCUGGUCGUAUAUAUUGUCAUCACCGCACGAAAUUCAUUGUGUCUCGUAGCAGGAUACAUCCGAUUGCCGGAAGACGUCUAUUAAAUGCCGAAAAACUCCGUAAAAACGAACUAAUUAAUUGAUAUCGAACAGUGAACAGUGCACUGCGUUCCUUGUAACUCAACCCGUGAAUAAAGGAUAACUCAGAGAUAUUCGCAGGACGAAUAUAAUACAUUGCUCGCAUUCCUCCGAAGCUGUUUUCGUUAUCUAUUUUCUGUAUUUAUUUCAAAGAGCUGCGUUGUGCAGUCACUUAACUAGUAGAAUUUACGAUACGAGAUAUGGAGUGUUGAAAAAAAGAUAAUGAAAAACUUUGGUCAUAUUUGUCCACGAAUCAAUUACUAUCGAAAGAACAAAGUAAUAAAUAAUUAUUACUUAUUCUAUAUAUCAAUUGUCUCGUGGACAUUAAAUAAGUUUUAUCCCAAAGGAAUAAUAAGGUUUUUUUAGAGAUUUAUGAUAUCGUAAUCAUGAUCCCUUGUUCUUUUUCUUUUUUUUCUUUAUACAGAAUUUAUAUCCUUUUCCUUUAUUUGCUAAAUGAUAAGACCAGGGAUGUCCUAUCGCUUGCAUUUGCCUACUGCUUUCAUAAAAUCGCGCUCUUUUCUCUAACUGAAGCACGAAAAUGCAAAUAACGACCGAUAUCGUUUCUUUCGUUCGCGUGCUCUUAAUUAUCGCUUUCAUAUCGAAUCGAGAUAAACGCACCAUAUGGUGUGUGUGUGUGUGUGUGCCCUUGAACCUAUGGUGCUUCAACAGAUUGUGCCUCGCCAACUUUGAGUCUUUUUCGUUUUCAUCCGUUCUAAGCGUGAAACGAUCACGGAUUCUUGUUGGAUAAUCAUUCCCUCGAUUAUCAAGUAUUCUGGGGCCGAAACCUGCAGACUUUUCAACUUUUCCUCUCGUAGAGGAUCAUCGGUAAUUAAUUCUAUCCUUCUCAAUUUUUGCCCGUCUUCAAAUUUUUUAACGAAGAUCGAAUUCCUCGUAUGUAAGAUUGUUGAAUCUUUUCAAAGAAAAGAUUGAAUACGAUUUUAAUAUCUCAAUAAUUGUGGAUCAUUGUGGUCGAAGGUUGAACUAUGAUGAUCGCAAUUUGACGAACUUCUCUCGGGUGUUUUCCCAUUUAUAUAUUUACCGAUGGGAUAAUGUGGGAGAAAAAAAUUCCCGAGAUAAUUUCGUGAAAUGUCCGAGCAGCAAAGGGCAAGAUUAAGAAAUUUAUUCGUCUCGAUGUUUAUCGGAGGGGAGAAAAAUUGCUAAUGGAACAUAUUACGAGAAUACCGUACAAGAUUUAUUAACCAAAUAAUCGACAAAUGAUUUUUUUCUAGGCGUGCACGUCUCGAAAAAAAAACUGGAAAAACUGUAUAACACUCGCUUCGUAACCGAGCACCAAAUAUCGACGUUCAAACGAAAGUAAUACCAAAAAAAAAGAGGUAAAAAGAAACAAAAAAAAAAAACAAAAAAAAAUGGAAUGAUGUUCUUAAUUUAUUAUGUAUAAGUGAUCUUCGGUGAUCGAUCGACAAAUUUAAAUAAAAAGAACAAAAAAGAAAAAAAAGAUAUAGUGAGAAGCGUAAAAGAAACAUAACUGAGGAAGAACACGCUUUAAAAAAGUAGCUAGAAAAUGAAGAUAAGCGCUCACGUCGUUUUCUGUAUUCAUUAUUCGUUUUUCAAAUAGGCGCAUUUACGUAAGCAUUUUACUUACUCGAACGUUAAUCACAAAUCGAGCCAACUGGGUCUGCAAUCCUAAGAGAAUAAAAAAAAAAAAAAAAACAAAAAAAAAAAAGGGAGGAAAAUCGGUGUCCUUCCAUAUAUAUAUAUACAUACAUACAUACAUACAUACAUAUAUAUAUUAUUAUUAUGAUCCUUCGCAGAAACUUUCAUUAAUAUAAAUAUUAAUUAAGAUUGUAUAUUCUCAAUUUAAUCGGGCCCGAUCGAUAAUUUUCAUCAAGGGUUGCAGACGACGGUUCGCUACAUGAUCCACGGGGAUUUAUCGAUCGAACGACAAAUUCAUCUCGUGCGUAAUCGGCGUGAAAAACUUCGCCGCUCCUGAAAAUCUUUUGUGUAUUAUUUCUAACAGAAUGUAAUAAAGUACGGUUUAAAAAGAAGAAUAAUAAA